AUGCCACAUUUUGCCACAUUUUGCCAGACNUUACUGAGGCUGUCUGGAGUAAUAUUCGCCAUAGCGUUCACGGGAUUGGCCGUGGGUCAAGCGGCCAGUUUCCUCCCGGACUACUCCAAGGCCCGCCUGGCCACCGGGAGAAUUUAUAAACUAAUGGACGUCAGACCCUCCAUUGAUAGUUACUCUAAGAAAGGAACGAGACUGGAGAGAGUGACAGGGGACAUCACCAUCAAAAAUUUAGAGUUCACGUACCCCAGUCGCGCGAACGUGAAAGUGCUGAAGGGUGUCAGUCUACAGGUCCAUCGAGGUCAGACGAUUGCGUUAGUUGGGCAGAGCGGCUGUGGGAAGAGCACAAUUAUGUCCCUGCUGCAGAGGUUCUAUGAUUCUGACGCAGGAAGUAUUAGUAUAGAUGGUGUAGAUAUCCGCUCCAUGAACAUCAAUUUUCUGCGUUCCUGUAUCAGCGUCGUGAGCCAGGAGCCGGUGUUAUUUAACUGUAAUAUACGGGACAAUAUAGCCUACGGCGUGGAGAGAGACGUAGAAAUGUCGGAGAUAAUAGAAGUAGCGAGAACUGCUAACAUCCAUGAUUUCAUCACAUCACUACCUCAGGGUUACGACACAGUGGUCGGUGAGAAAGGAACGCAGCUGUCCGGUGGUCAAAAACAGAGGGUAGCCAUUGCACGUGCUCUGCUGUGCAAUCCGGUCAUCCUACUCCUAGACGAGGCCACCUCGGCGCUGGAUACGGAGAGCGAGAAGGUGGUCCAGGCGGCGCUGGACAGGGCCAGGGAGGGCCGGACAUGUAUAAUGAUCGCCCACCGCCUGUCCACUGUCCAGAACGCGGAUAUUAUCGCCGUACUGGACAACGGGACGGUCGUGGAGCAGGGGUCACAUCAAGAACUCCUGGCCAAGAAAGGGGCGUACCAUACACUGGCCAGCGGUCAGUUGUCCUUGGUCUGAGUGACCACAGCGGGCACCUGUUGGAUAUUGGACAGGAGGGGGUUGGAACUAUUUAUAGGCUAUGAAUCGUAUUGUUUUCGUGCUCAGUACUUCGAAGGGUUUCAAGUUACAGUUUGAUUUUAUUUAUUAUUUGAUAAUUUUGAUGUGUAUUUUGUUGUUAAAGGACAGUUAAUUAUUAUUUUUGGGCAUAAGUGACCAAAUUUUACAUCCGUAGAUUUUUAAAAAUGUAUUUUAUAAAAUGUGGUCAUGUCAUAAACAUUUAGUUACAAGAGAUCAUGAUUAGUGACGAUAAAGAAGUGAAUAACGUAAAGAGGACAUUGAGCAUUUGAAAAAAAAAAGUAUUAAAGCUACACCCCAAAAUCUUUGUGUAGGGCAAUAAAAAGUACUGUAUGGUGUCAAAUAUUCCUGGAUAACUGCCCCCCUAAGUCUUCAAUGGAAGUCUUUCAUUAUUAUUGUGGGAUCGUGCCCAGUUGAUACAAGUCAAGCAGAGCAUUUUAAGAAAGACCAGCCCUAACAACUUGCUAGAAAUGCAUUAUGGAUUUAUUUAUAGGGAUAUAUUUUGUUUCGCUUUUAAAAGAAAGCAGCACAAAUCCAAAUCAACAACGAAUCGUUUAGACAAUUUUCUAGCUUUUCACUUUUAUUUAAUACAACUGGUAUUCCUUUAUAAACAAAGAAAAUGUACACGAGCAUUUAUAGAAUCAAUGCAGAAUGUUCAUUU